UUAGGUCUUGUUAUGCUUUAGUAGUUGUUUCUGGCUGUCUAUAGACAUCCAGCUUGCCUAAGUAAGAUAAUAGUGAAAAACCUGCUGCUACUUUUUAAGAGAAAAGAUAUUAAAGAAAAAGAACUGUCUGCUACUUAAAAAAAAAAAAAAAGAUUUUUUGUUUGUUGUUGUCAAAGAGAGGUGUCUUUAGAAUAUUUUUGUCUGCAUGCUUUGAAGUGCCAGUCCAUGUAUUUGUUACAGUUUGUUCCAUUGCUGCUGCUCAGCAUGCUUCGUUUGCUUUUCAUUCUUAGUUGAAUUGAUAACUGGUUUCUGCACAGAGAAACUAGAAGUGGCUCCUGCGUCCCUAAAACAGGUUGAUAGGAUGGGCGUUUGAAAGUCCCGGAAAGCAUAUUAAACCUUAGGAUUAGAAUCCAAGAGUUCUCUUUAUUAGAAACCUCUGUUGUAAACUGUGUUUGAUUUCAGGAUAAAAUGCAGAAGGGGUUGACAGUCUUACAGAUCUGCCAGCAAGAUGGUCCAUACUAGUUGAUUGUACUGUUAAAUUGGGUGUUGGAUUAGUUCUAGUUCUAGUUUAGUCCUACCGGACCAGACUUUCCUGCCGGAAAGGAACGCACAUACAUUAAAAAAUAAAAGGAUAUCCCUUGAGAUUUACAGUUAGUACUCUCUCAGCAAGUCUUCUGGGAAGUGAAUUUGACAUGGAGAAUGGUCUCUUGUGCUCUUCUAGUGAGCUAUGGAUGAAAGCGAAGACGUGCCAAAAGAUUUUAUCAAGCUCAAGUCUGAAAAACUCUCUGUAGAGGAAGUGUCAGAGCUGGUCAUUUCGCCAUACUGUGGGGCAGUGUCUCUGUUCAUUGGUACUACAAGAAAUAAUUUCGAAGGGAAAAAGGUGAUUCACCUAGAGUAUGAAGCAUAUACUUCAAUGGCAGAGACUGAAAUAAAGAAAAUCUGCAGAGAUGUUAGACAGAAAUGGCCAUCAGUCAAACACGUUGCAGUGCACCAUAGACUUGGCUUGGUUCCAAUAACUGAAGCAAGUGUAAUUAUUGCGGUCUCCUCUCCACACAGAGUGGAAUCCCUUGAAGCUGUGAGGUACUGCAUCAACACCUUAAAAGCAUCCGUCCCAAUAUGGAAAAAGGAGAUUUAUGAGGACGAAUAUUCUUGGAAAGAAAACAAGGAAUGCUUUUGGGCAAAUUCAGAAAAAUAACUGUACUCUUUUAAAAAUAAAGUCUUACUGUUCCUAAUGAG